AUGAAAACGUUAAUUUUAUUUUUAAAAAUUACUACAUUCCUUCUUUUAAUUUGGAUGUAUCUUUUUUUUUAUAACUGUGAUUCCUAUAAAAAUUUGAUUGAUAAAAAUAUAUUGCAAACAAAAAAUGAGUUAAAAUAUGAAAGAGUAUUAACAGAGGGUGACACAGCAGGACAAAAACAAACUAACUGUGAAGGAUGCAAAGAAGAAUGUCCAGUAGAAAAAAAAAAAAAAGAAAAAAAAAAAAAAUAUAGGUAUAUUCCGCUAGUACGCCAGAAUCCGUACGAUCGAUGGCAGACAGUCAAUAAUCCAACAUUGUUUGAGCGAUUUAAAAAUGAAACAAUUGGAAUGGAUGAUAAAUGGAGAGACCAAAAAUGGAAUAAUGAAUGGAAUAAAAUUUCAGCGAACAAAGUUAAUGAAUUAUCUUCAAUAUUUAAUCAAAGUGAUAUUUCAAAAAAAGAAAAAGAAAAAUUAAUUUAUACUGUUAAGGAUGAACUCUUCGGACUAUUUGCAAAUUUUUUAAAAGAAUGUAAGAAAGAGAUAAGAGACAAUAAAGCAGAAUACGAAUCUAAGAAGGAGAUGAUAGGCAAUAAAACAGAAUCCGAAUAUAUGAAAGAGAUGGGAGAAAAUGGAAGACAAUCCGAAUCUAUGAAUGAGAUGAUAGACAAUAAAGCGAAAUCCGAAUCUGAGAAUGAGAUGAGAGACAAUAAAAUGGAAUCCGAAUCUGAGAAAGAGAUGAGAGACAAUAAAGCAGAAUGCGAAUCUGAGAAAGAGAUGAGAGACAAUAGAACAGAAUCCGAAUCCAUUAAAGAGAUGAUAGACAAUAGAACAGAAUCCGAAUCCAUUAAAGAGAUGAUAGACAAUAGAACAGAAACCGAAUCUAUGAAAGAGAUGAUAGAAAAUAAAGCAGAAUCCGAAUCUGAGAAAGAGAUGAGAUACGAUAAAACAGAAUCCGAAUCUAGGAAAGAGAUGAGAGACAAUAAAGAAGAAUCCGAAUCUGAGGAAGAGAUGAGAUACGAUAAAACAGAAUCCGAAUCUAGGAAAGAGCAGGGAACAAAUGAAAUAAAAAAUUAUAAAAAAAAAAUUAGGGAAUUACUUAUUGUUUUGAUAAUCUUAAGGAGAAUAUAA